UAUUUGUCUCAAUACAUAUACACCUUCCUCCACUUCUCUAUAUCACUCUCUUUUUCACUCUCUCUCUAUACUUCAAAUACUAAAACAUGUUACUAAGAACCUAUAGUGCACCAAUUCACACUUCUUCCCUUCAUUCUCAUGAACAAGAACUCAAUCACCACCAUCCUAAAACACUUGCAACCCUUUCAAAAACUAAGAAGAAGAAAUUUGCACCACCUACUAGCCUUGUUAAGAAUCCUCAUAAGAAGAAUAUAGUGGAACAAGAAGUACUUUUUUCAAGCUAUAGUUUAGAUAAACAAGUUUUGGAACAUGAAGAGGGUGGUAAGAAAGUAGUAAAGUUGCAAACUUUAGUAAUGGGUGGUGGAGGAAUGGGGUGUGAUGAUGGUGGAAGGAUUUGUGGUGGUGGAAAUGGAAAUGGGUGGGAGAAUAAUUAUGGUAGAGAUGAAACUCAUGCUUAUUAUCAAAACAUGAUUGAGGCAAAUCCAAAUAAUUACCUUUUACUUGGAAAUUAUGCUAAGUUUUUGAAAGAGGUUUGUGGAGAUUAUGGUAAAGCAGAGGAGUAUGUUGAAAGAGCAAUUUUGGCUAACCCUGGUUAUGCUGAUGCUUUGUCACUAUAUGCAAAUAUAAUAUGGUACACAGAGAAGAAUGCUGAUAGAGCUGAAGCAUAUUUUGAUCAAGCUGUUAAAAGUGAUCCAAAUGAUUGCUAUGUCUUGGCUUCAUAUGCAAAAUUUCUAUGGGAUGCUGAAGAUGAUGGAGAUGAAGAUAAUGAAUGCCAACAUAAGAACCAUACAUGUUCACCCGAGAUAACUGCAGCCUCUAAAAUCUAGCCUAUUUGUAGUUGUAAACUAGGAUUCACGGAUACCUCGAACUCGACACACGACACUGAUACGGAGAUACCGAUAAUAAUUUGAAAAAAUGGAUAAAUUAAAUAUAAUCACAAGUAUCAGUGUAAAUGUCCGACAUCGACACAGAUACAAACACGCAUACGCAUUUUUUCAGAAGUGUCGGUGCGAGAGGUUGUAAAUAGCUCAUGUUAUGCAAUAAAUGAGAGAAUGUGUUAUUGUAAUCUAGGGAGGAUUCUACUGUUGCAUCUUAUGAGAGUUUGAAAUUUUGGUAGAAAUCAAUGAAUACUCAUUAAGUCUCUUUCUAGUUCUACAAUUCAAUAUGUGAUUUUGAUAAGAGAAAUAAUAUUUUGUGACCUUGAGAAAGAAAAAUGAGGUUUAUAAAUGAGGUGAGGCCGAUGAAAAACUCCGGUAUGUAAUUUUGUGUUAGCGGCGUGGUGUUCAAAUAUCUACAAACACUUUGACACAAGCAACUCUCGAAAGUGAAAGGUAUUUUGUAUUAAAAUAGUUGCAACAGAAUUUAGGACCUUCGUUAGACUUUUCAGUAGGAUUCUAGUGUUUCGGUCUCUAGAAUCUUCUAUUGACAUACCUCUAUCUUAGAGGACAAAUAUUCUCAUAUCUCUUCUUGCUUUG